AUGCCACCCCUAACCUCAAUGGCGCGCACGCUCGCCGGCAAAACCAUCCUCAUCACCGGCGCCAGCUCCGGUAUCGGCCGCAGCACAGCGUUCGAAUUCGCGCGCACAUCGCCCUCGAAUCUCAAGUUAAUUCUGACGGCAAGACGUGUGGAGAGACUGCAGGAGAUAUGCAAGGCGAUCAGGGAAGAAGUGGGCGAGGGCGUGGAGGUUUGCGUGAAGGGGCUGGAUGUGAGCAGGCCGGAGCAGGUUUCUGGCCUUGUCGACUCGCUGCCGCGGGACUUUCAAGAUAUCGAUGUGCUGGUGAAUAAUGCGGGGUUCAUGUCUGGCGUCGAGCGCCCGCCGGACAUUCCACAGCAAGUCAUCGACGAUGUUUGGGCGACAAAUGUCACAGGCGUGAUCAACAUGACGCAAGCCGUCCUUCCUAUCUUCAAGAAGAGACCGGAUGGCGGAAGGGGCGAUGUUAUUAUGCUGGGCAGUAUUGCGGGAAGGGAACCAUACGUGGGCGGAACACUAUAUUGUGCAAGUAAGACCGCUAUUCGGUCCUUCACCGAUGCGUUGAGGAAGGAGUUGAUAGCGACACGGAUCCGCGUGAUUUCCGUGGAUCCAGGGCAGGUGUUGACGGAAUUCAACGAUAUCCGGUAUCGAUUUGAUCGGGAGAAAGCAGAUGCGGUGUAUGCUGGCUGUAAUCCCCUUAGCCCCGACGAUGUCGCCGAAGUCAUCGUCUUCGCCGCCGGCCGAAGGGAGAACGUCGUACUUGCUGAUACGCUGAUGUUUCCGUCGCAUCAGGCAUCAGCUACUCAUAUCCAUAGAAGAUUGUAA